CAAAGACAUUGAGCCGCGGCUGGGAAAUGUCAUCAGUCAUCUCUAAUGGAGGAAACGGACUUCUGACAGCCAGUAGAUUUAUUCUUUGAGGGCUGAAAUAAGAGAACUGGCCUCGAUAGAUUUUUUUUUGCUGUUUGUGUGUAAUCAGGACUUCAGAUCUCGCAAUAAUAAGUGAGUACAUCGCCUUUUGAGAAUCCACAGGUUCCAGAUCCCAUUCGCCUUUUUCUAGAAACAUUUUCUCUCUGUUUCUGGAUGGAUCCGGACUGAAUGACAGCAGUUAUGCGCGAAGAAACUGUCGGAUCACUCGGGUAGCUCUCUCACAUCACGGACUUAUUAAUUUCCCCGAAUCGAGGAAAUGAUUAACUUAGUUCUUUCUAUAUAGAUGCUACAUUGCGAGCUAAGGGUUACAGGAACACUCAAAUUCUUAGAUGAACGCAUUAAAAUAGAACCCAAUUCAAGAACCCUUUUGUAAAUCACAAACGCGUCUUUCAUAAGACUUCUCGGUGUGGAUUUUCAAUCGUGAAGAGGAAAGUUACCUGCGCUCUUAUUUGCCGAAAAGAGGCGCUGUCGGUGGUCCUGAAGUCUUUUCAACAACUGUAUCUCACGCCUGACCUCGUGUCAAGACAACUUGAGAAAAAGAACAAGUUAAAGCGAUACUUUUCUCCAGCAGCUCCACAAAGAGCUGAAUAUGUUAACUCAAUAUAGAGUUCAUCUCCAAACUUUGGUACUUUUGAUUUCUCUUGUCCACCUGAGCAGGCCAGUAUGUGUCGAUGUUCAGUCAGACACAGAAGCAAUCGUGGGACAACCCAAGAAGUUGACCUGCAUCUCUUGCAUGAGGAGGGAGGAGGUCAAAGCAAGCACAUUUGUAAAAUGGUAUUACACUCCAAAGGAAUUUGCAGACAAAAACCAGACCAAAAAAUAUCUCAUAUACAUGUAUCAAGGUAACAAUCAGACUGAAAUGUUUGAACCAUUUAAGGAUCGUCUAAAUUGGAAUGGGAGCCAGGACCUGCAAGAGGUCUCCAUUGAAAUCCGUAAAGUCACCUAUAAUGACAGCGGUUUCUAUGAGUGCCAAAUUCGGCGUGAGUUUGGCUUUGGCUUCUACACUCCCAGCUUUGUAACUGAGAAGAACUUCACACUGGCCGUGAGAGAGAAAGCCAGCAAUGACACCACAGCAAUCUACUCUGAGAUCAUGAUGUAUGUGUUGCUGGUAUUCUUGACCUUCUGGCUGCUGGUAGAAAUGGUCUACUGCUACAGGAAGAUCUCCAAGUCUGAUGAGCAAGCGCAGGACACAGCGACAAACUACCUAGCCAUUCCCUCUGAGCAGAAAGACAAUCCAGCCGCACCUGUUACAGAAUAAAAGCGGUUGUCAAUGAUACGGUAUUGACCAAUCACAAUGGGGCAUCAGUUUCAUCAACCCCAUCUGUCCCACUAUGAAGAUUUCUCCCAGGCAGCAAUGGGAAUCCUGCUAACUGACCUUCCUGCUUAUCGACUGUGUCUUGUGAAGAGCCAGUCAAAAAUGUCCAAAAGCUGUUUUUCUCCUGCCUUUCCUCACAUGUUUUUUUUUUUUUUUUUUUUUUUUAACCUUUGUGCCAGGUAUCUCUCAAAAUCAAGUGCUUUCACAGUUACAUCAGGUUAAAGAACACAAAUGUUAGUGUCCUCCACUUUUAUAAGAGCCAACCUUCAUUUGGACAUGCCAGUGUGUGGACUAACUAACUAAAGCAUUUCUUGGUAGUUAGUAGUGCCUCUGUGGUUUAUAUAUAACCUAUAAACAGAUAUGACCCCAGAAAAUGUCCUACUGUUGUCAAGUCUCUUAUGUACUUCUUGUAUACUGACUUUAUAGUACUUGUUUUCUUUUUCCUUUUCUUCUUCUUUUUUUUUUUUAGUUUUCUUACAAUUUUAUACCAUGUGGAUAUUUUUGGUUGAUAGUUUUAUUUGUAUUGGCCAAAAGGCUUUUUAAGGAAACUGAAAUGUCCAGCUUUUAUAUUGUAUGGAUCUGCAUUUGUCUCUUUUUGCUAUAUGAAACAAAUAGUGUAAUACAGAAAUAGCAUACAAAUAAGCAGACAAUACUGCAUCAAGCCACACACUUUUACCUGGUCUGAAUUUAUUCAAUUUCCUACUCUCCUGUAUAAAACUCUAAAAUCCACAGGUGGCUCUAGUCUCCAAGUAUAUUUAAUAGGUCAAGUCUUGCUAUAUACAGUUAAUCUGGAACUUAUGCUCAAUACUUUCACUGUUGCUGAUGUUCUACAGUAGCAUUGCUGCUGAGACUAAAUGUGUGCCUCUUUCUAUAGUACAACACUGUAGAAAUGUAUAUACUUUGUCAUUCAUUCCUACUAUGCUUUUUUUUGUCUAUUACAGAUAUGUCAUGUUUCAGUGAGCUGCUUUUAACUAUCAAAUACAAUACAUUCCACAAUCUA